AUAAUGAUUGCCUUACUUCUUGUUCCGAUCGUCCUGUUCCUUCUCUAUCGGUGGACAGUCCGAAAUAAUAAGUACUUCGAGAAGCUGAAAAUUCCCUUCGUAAAACCUUACCCACUGUUCGGUGCCUUGUGGCCAGUUUUCUCCCGUAAAUCGCAUCCGUGCGACGCGCUUACCCUUGGCUAUGAUCAGUUUCCGAAGAACCGUUUCUCCGGAUACUUUGAAUUUCAUCGACCCGCCAUCCUACUGCACGAUCCGGAACUGGUGAAGCAGAUUGCCAUUAAAGACCACGAGCAGUUUCCCGAUCAUGACACAUUCUGUCCGGUGGAGGUCGAUCCGUUCGUUGGUCGGGUGAUCUUUUUCGAAACCGGCCAAACGUGGAAGAAGUCCCGGAAGAACCAGUCACCAUUGUUCACCAGCAGCAAGAUGAGCAACAUGUUUGUGCUGGUUUCGGAACAUGUGAAAGCCGCCGUUGGUCGACUGGUGGAUGAUUCCAAAGCUAGUUCAAUGGUCGUUGAGGGAUAUGAUCUGUUUUCUAGAAUGACGAACGAUGUAAUGACGCUGGUGUCGUUGGGCAUCGAUGUCGAUUCCGUGCACGAUCGGGAGAACGAUUUCUACCGGAAUAGCCUGCAGAUCACGGAAAACGUGGGCUUUCAGCAGUUGAAGUUCUUCCUGCUUACGGUACUUCCGGUCAGGUUGUUCACUCUCUUCCGCAUCUCGAUCCUGUCGGAUAAAUGUAUCAAAUUCUAUGAAAAUGCCGUCGACAGCGUGGUUAACUAUCGGAAAAAGAAUAACGUGACCCGACCGGACUUUAUCAACAGCCUAAUGAAGCACUACAAAAGUGAAGAUUCUGCUGAAGACCAAACUCAAAAAGAAGGAUACUCCAAUCUGGACAUAUCGGCAAUUGCUGGUACCUUCUUAUUCGCUGGAAUUGAAACAUCCACAGCCGCCGUUUGUUUUGCCCUUUACGAAAUGGCACUGAACAAACAGAUCCGCGAAAAACUUCAAGCCGAGGUAGAUGCCGUCCAUGAGGAGCUGAACGGAUCUCCGGUUACCUACGAUGCAUUGCAGAAGAUGCAAUACCUGGAUAUGGUUGUCUCGGAGUCCCUCCGUAAAUAUCCCUCAGUACCAAUGACCAAUCGGGCCAGCAAGAAAGCCUACACAAUCGAAGACCAUAACGGAAAAACUUUCCCCAUCAAGCAGGGACAAGUUGUCACAAUUCCCAUCAUGUCGUUCCAUCGGGAUCCCCGCUACUUCCCCAAUCCGGACCGGUUCUAUCCGGAGCGUUUCGCCGAAGAGAACUCGAAGCUCAUCAAUAAGGAUGCGUUCAUGCCGUUCGGGGUGGGACCUCGGAUGUGUAUCGGGCUGCGUUUGGGACUCCUGGAGACCAAAUGUAUCCUGUACUAUUUGAUGGUUCACUUCAACGUCGAACUUAACGCCAAGAUGGAACGGGUUAGGCUGAAGAAAAGUUCAACUGUACUGACAGCCGAAAAUGGUUUCUGGUUUAAUUUUAUUCCCAGGGUUCGCGAUUGA